AUGGACGCAAGAGGAAGCGCAUACUACCUCGUCUCCUGGGUUGGCUUCGAACGCUUGACGUGGCAACCGGCUGCCGAUUUGCCUCAAGACACGCUGAUGCGCUUCGAAGCGCAAGAGCUAGGGACCGCGUGGCCUGUUGAUUACAGAGCCGAAAUCCCAGUAGGUGCGGACGCAGGAAUGGGUGGAGGAGGUAGAGGAGUCGACAUUGUCAUCCAGAACAAUUCAGAAGCGAUGGCAGGGUGUGCACCACAAGCGACUUCG